AUGGAGAAUUCCAGAGUCACUAGACGCUCUACAGCCUUGCUACGCCUUCCGGACAGGCUUCCUAAUCAGGAUCAUGGCACCAAUUCCGGCACUCCUCCUGAUCAUCGACAGGAUUACGAUGCACCAAUGUCUAAUUUAAUGAAUCACAAUAACCUCUUUCCAACGGACCAUCCUCCGGGCUGGCCCAAUACCCCACCCACUUCACGCCUCGAGCGCCGUCUAGGCAUCCGCCGGUUCGUUGUCGAGGACAUUGAAGGAUAUCAUUAUCCUCUUGCGCUGGCGUCGAAAUAUUACCUUGGCCGUACAAGGCGCUGCAGGGCCUACGCGGAUCGAUUAAAUCACAACAAAGCCCCAGAAGUACACACUAGUGUGUUCUCUAUGCCAAUUCGCACCAAGCCUCAAAGGACUAUCAUAAGUGUGGACGGCGACGCCUACCGGUAUCUUAUUGUAGCGUACUACAACAAGCGUGUCAUCGCCAAUCCCAAUUUGCUCCAAAUCUUCCCAUCGGCGCCGUGGAGGGGAGAGCUCUUGCUCUUCUCACUUGGUAAAGUCAGGCCUUUUCUCACUCGUCCAGUUGGGCCGAAGAUUCUACAUCAACAGGUCAUAAGAACGUGA